AUGGCGGAGCAGCAGCCCACGGCUGACAGCCCUGGUGAGUUCUGCGUCUUCAUUAAGACUUCGUGGGGCAAAACGUUUGCAGUGCCAGUGUCUCUGGACGAUAGCGUGUGGGAGCUUAAGGCCAAGCUGAAUGCACAGGACUCCUCCCUGACUCCCGAAACGAGAAUGCUGCUCUACAAUAGCAGACGAAUGGAGGACGACCUGACCCUGCGACCCUAUGAAGUCACACCCAAUGCUUUUUGUUGCGAGGUGGUGGUGAAGCUGUUGAACCUGAUUUUUCAGGAGAGCUAUCACUGGCUGAACCUGGGCUCACAACUGCAGGGAAACUGCUGGCGUUGCAUGGGGGAGGAUCUUCCAGACAUGACACCAGAGAUAACCCAAGACUUUUUGAAGUACCGCACCGUAGCUCACCUCCCUGGUGCAGGCAUCUUCCAGUGCUCCAUCACAGGCCUCAGCUUCGAGGUGAAGGCAGCAGUGACCAUCACCUACAGAUACACCACUUGGACCAGGCACCUGAGCAAGGCUGACCAGGAAAUGUGGGUGCCUGCCAGACCCCUCUUCCACAUCGAGGUGCAGCCCGGUGUCGUGCGGGCAGCACGUCUUCCCCACUUCAUCUGCCUGGCAGGAGACAUAAAUACCAGCCUGUGCUGCAUUGCCCAUUUUAAAUCUGGGAAGAUGACCCUGGAGAGACCAACCAGACUGAUCACUUUCUCUGCUGUCCUGGAGAAUCCCAGCUUCUCGCUGCUUGGGGUGCUUUGGAGGAGGUUAUGUUCAACCUUAAAUCACUCCUUGGUUCUGAUCUUCCAGCAGCUCAGUGCUGCAAAUACAACCCUUCACCUCUACUUGAUCCCAGAUGACAACUCUGGGAAGCAGGCCAUUGAAAAACAAGAAACAAAUUGGAAUUCAAAGCUUAUUCCCAAGCCUCCUCCACUCAAACCCCUGUUCUCUGGCUGCAUUUACUGUGGGACCAGUACAAAUUCUGUGGUGAUAAUGCCUGAAGAUGCCACGUGCCGCAGCGUGGUACUCACCUGCGGCUGCCUGGCCACGUGCAGCACAGUAACAUGGGUUUGGUGUCUGCUAGGCGCAGCCUUCAUGAAGAAGCACAAGACCGAGCUCUGCUCCAGGAUGAGGCAGCUCUCCAGCAUUUUGCUACACUUACAGGAUGCAAACGUCAUCAACGGUGAUGAAGAAGAGGAGGUGCAAGGUCAAAAUACAAGUCAAAGGAAGAACUGACUUUUGCUGGAGCUAACUGAGAAGAAAGGGCUGGAGGCCCAGGAGCAGCUCUGCCAGAUCCUGCGGAUGAAAGACCCGUACCUCAUCACAGACCUGGAGAAGUCCAGCUAG